CCAGAUCCUGACUGGGCUGAUGCACAUUGGCUUUAGUGCUGUCUGUGCAAUUUUCAUCGGAUACUACAUUCCCAUCUCUUUUAUUGGAGGGUACCCCUUCUGGGGAGGAUUUUCCUUCAUCAUUUCUGGAUCCCUCUCGGUUGCAGCAGAGAAGCAUCACAAAUCCUGUCUGGUGAAAGGAAGCCUGGGAAUGAAUAUCACUAGUGCCAUCUUCUCAGCCAUUGGGAUCAUUCUCUUGCUAACGGAGCUGAUUAUUAAUGCAUCUUUCGAGAGACAUUCUUGGUUGGGUGGCGCAAAGGGGAUCACAGCCAUGCUGUUCUUGUUGACCGUCCUGGAGUUCUGCAUCGCUGUCUCGACCUCACACUUUGCGUCGGAAGCCCUCUGCUACACCCCCAGUGACAGCAUGUUGUACGUGCCCUAUGUUGUCAAUGCGAACGUGGUGGUUCCUGCUCCACAAAUAACUUCUCCACAAAUGGCCGCUCCACCACCCUACAGCAACGUGGCUUAUGACCCGAAGGAAGAAAUGGAGCAUAGGGCCGCAUGAGACUGGUCCAGCAGCGUCUUCUCUGAGAAGUAAAACCCAGCCCCGUCCUGCAUGACCGAUCUCAUUCCAUUGUUGAGUGCAGCUCUAGAACCCAGCUCUUGUCACUCGUCACACAGGGAACUCGUUUGUUGGUUCCACACCAUGCGUUACGUUUUCACUACACACAAUGAAAUGAGAUGACUCCCCUGCACUAGCCAGUUCCCCAGGGAUUUGCCAGAUGGUUGCCUCUGGUGGCUUCUUUAAUAA